AUGGUGUUGAUUUUGGCCGCAGCAAAACAAUGGAGAUGUAUGUCUCCAAUAGUGGAGUUAGAGAAGCAUAUAUUAUCUCUAUGGCUGAUGCUUCCAAGCACAAUCGAAAGAGUUGAAUGUUUGGUGGAUCCUAAACUCGGUGUUGAGCACAAGUACAACAUAAGAAUGCCUCAGGUAAUUGAAGAAGCAAUGAUAUGUUAUUCCAAAGAUGGUUGGUUAUUAAUGUCCAGAGACAAGAGUUGGAAGCUAUACAAUCCUCUAACCAAGUCUAUUAUGUGUUUGCUUGAUUCUCGUCCACACUGUCAAACCUAUUACUUCUCGUCUUUGCCUAAUUUCUCAGAUUGUAUAGUUAUAGCAAUUUCUUUCUUCCCUGAACUUGAAGCUGUCUCCCUGACUCGUCCCUGGAUGAGUGAAUGGAUUGCCGUAGAGUUAUACAAGGAAGAAAACGACGGUGUUUAUCUUAGACAAACCCAUUUUCACCCUGUGUUUCUUCACUAUUAUUUCUACUUUUUAGGUGAGAAUGAUUGUUUGGGAGUUGUGAAAUUAGAAAACUCAUACGCGACUCUAACAGUUCACAAACUGAGAAGACCUUGUAGUGCUUAUGACGAAAAUUUCUUGGUAGAAUGCGGUGGAGAGAUUUUAGCAGUGUUUGUAGGCAAGGCUGGCGGAUGGCUAUGA